AGGAGGGAAGGGGUGUGCCGUUAUAAGAAGCCCCAGAGGAGGCAUGCGUUUAGUUGUUGAAACCCUGAGCCGAAGGAUAGGAGCUGAGCCUGCAGAAGGGAGGACCCUGAUCCUGAUCUAGGCUCUACAUCAUUACAGGCUGGAAGCAGAUCCCAUAAGGGUUUACCACCCAGAUUCUCCGGCCGUGCUUAGACUCUCCUACCUGCUGGGCUCUGGUUUGUCCCUGCCCGUCUGGCUGCGCUGAGCCAUGAAGAUCCCUCUGUGGUGCCUGCUGGUUCUGAUGGGAUGUCUCUUCACCCCUGUACACGGUGACUGUCAGGGGGAAUGUGUGGCCUGUGGUCUGCUCCUACAACAGCAGCAGCUGCAAGAAGCGUUCAAUACCAUAGUGUGUCUGCUGGAGUGUGAGGGUCACGUCUCUUCUUCACUCACGUGGGAAGUGUGUAAACGUGCUGUAGAGCUAUCCCACCAUCCCUCACUCUCUGAUGGAGCCAGUCUGUUCAAGAGAGCGGGCGAGGAGCUGGACUUGACCCUUCCUGACCUGAACGUAGACAGAGAAGUGCUGCAGUCCGCAGCAGUAAAGCUGCUCCAGGAUGAAGAUGAGGACGAAGGCCCCACGGAGCAGCGCAGCGUCCAGUAUGACUCAUCGUUGCUGGAGUCUUCGGAGGAGGGGGAGGGCCUGUGGGGUCUGGGUCUCAGUCUGGCAGAGGAAGACAGGGAGGAGACAAACUCCAAGAAAGACGUCCAGCUAGAAGGGGACCAGAAGGACAGCUCGGAGAGUCUCACCCUAUCCAAACGCUUCGGUGGCUUUCAGAGGGGUCGUCACGGAUACAGAAAGCUGAUGGGCUCACCCAUGAGGGCUUUACAAAAGCGCUACGGCGGAUUCAUUGGGGUCCGGAAAUCAGCUCGAAAGUGGAACAGUCAGAAACGCGUGAACCAGCUGCUGAGGCAGUACCUGGGCAUGAGGAGCAACCGCAGCGGCAGGCUCAACAGCAUCCCCAUGACUCGAGUCUGGAGGCAAAACAAACUGUGACGCGUGUUGGUGUCCCAGAACCACGCCCCGGUGACCUCAGCUUCCCCAUCCGUUUCUGUUCAGCAGCUCUUUGAGUUAACCCGUGACGUCAGAACAACAGACUCCACCCCUCUGCACCUGUCUGAGUAACAAAGAAUGUUUUGAUGGUGAUGUCCUCCUACUGAACAUAUCUACAUGCCGUUCUGUGAAAUAAAAGAAUUAGAGAAGUGCAGCUGAAUAUAUUUUUGUGUGUCGGUAAUAAAACUGAACCAGAUGAUGGAAAAGUG